UUUACCCACGACACAGCCCAACAUGCUAUGGCGACUACUGUGGGCAGUCUGCACUUCAUCCAUUGCAUUAGCCUCCAACUGGGCGCAGAUUAGUGGCGCAAAAGAAACCAACGCAGUAGUGGAGCAGCCGACUCCGUGGUCUCGGCGCUGGGGCCAUGCGUCCAUCUCUCAAAUGUAUCCUCCCGAAGAUCAAGCGAAAGGCAAACUCAGUCGUAUGUACAUCCUUGGGGGCGACGAUCGCAUGCAGCUUGCGACGAUGCAGGACGCCGACUUUCGGGCGUACCCUGGAGGUGGAUCUUUUCGAAACGACGUGUGGGCCACCACAGGCAUCGUCUGGAAUACAUCGGUGAACCUCCUCGCACACAACCAGUGGGGCGACCCAGACCCGCAGAUCGUGGCGAAGCUCAAGUGGAGUCAAACAAACGCCGGCAAGGUGCCGCCCCCGGGCGUGCUGUACACGGACUGGAUCGCGUGCUUAACAGCGGCAUGGACACCGUACCCCCCCACCGGCUGCGACGACCCAACGGCUCCCCCCGGGCAGUACAUUGCCGACGCUAUGUUUUCUCCUCGCCGUCAUUUUGCCGCGGUGACGUUCAACUUGGCGUUGUACGUGUUCGGGGGACGCGCGCGGGAGCUAGUGCCGAUGCCCCACGAGGACACGAUCGGCGGCCUCGACGGGGCCCCACGCGGCGACAGGUGGAUGGAGUACGCAGUGUUGAAGAACGACGUGUGGAAGAGCCAAGACGCGGGGGUGUCGUGGGCGCUGGUCACGCCCGGCUGCGACCUCCCCAACGCAUUGGAGACGUACCACUCGGGAUCGAAGCCCGCGCAAUGCACAACCCAAAACGACUGCCACGGCGACACGACGUGUGUGUUUGACAAGACCACGCUCACGGGCACGUGCAUGUGCAACAUGUGGUCAGCCCGCGAGCUCCACACCGUCGUGGUGUUUCAAAAGAGCUUGUUUCUUGCCGGCGGGUACACGGCCGUGCAGCGCAACUUGUGUGGCCCCGAGCACAACCAGCGCCCGAGCGGCCAAGAGUUUGCAUGCGGCGGGCUCUACCGCAAGUUCAUGCGCGAUGUGUGGACGUCCAACGACGGACACACGUGGACGCAGCUCACGGCGGCGGCGGCGUGGCCUCCGAGGGGAGAGCACGCUAUGACGACAUGGCAGGGGCAGCUGUGGCUCGUCGGCGGGCGCACCAGUCCGUCGACCGUUCCAGGCGCCGACGAGGACAGCCAGCAGCUCCUGAAUGAUAUUUGGACCAGCGCAAACGGUAUUACGUGGACUUUAGCGGACUCGGCGGCCCCAUGGAGUCCACGAGGCAAGCACGCCGCGCUGGGUGUGGAAGCUGACCCGGCCACCAACACGUCUGCGUACAUGAUUGUCUUGUACGGGGAAAACGACGACACAUUCCUCGGGGAUGUGUGGACCAUGCAGGCGGCCAUCGAUGGCGCCGCCUUACCUAUGGUGUGGGUCCCCGACUUUGAUCCAGUCCUGUCGCUUGUGCGGCAAUACGUGACUCCCACAAGUCCGAUUGAACGCAUGCAAGGAAUGAACGUCCUGCAUGUCCCCAAGUUACACGCUGCGGGAAUUCACACGAUUACCGACUUGACCAAUGUGCCCCUAGAUAUCGUAAUCAACCUCCGGACAACGCAAGACGUUCCUGUGUGCGAUUACAUUGCCGUUGCCAAGUUAGUCGUGGCUCAGUGCACGAUUGCACCGGUGGACUACGACGGCAAAGAGUUCGAAAACAUCAAGGUCCUCAAGGGAAAGAAUGCCGAGGUGGUGGCGGCGCUGGAUGCAGCCAGUGCGAGCGCCGUAGCAUCGUCGGCAUGGGAUGGAUGUGCGCAUCGAGGUACCGCGACGCUCGACUGGGUGACGCUCAAGUACGUGUGGCCUGAAGUCGGCGGCAUUCCACAGGUGGAUACGAAAGAUCCUUUUCCGAACGUGCAAAACUCGGCGUGCAAAUGGACCCCCAAGGCCCGGUCAUCAUUUGCUGCAAUCCAGCACAACCAUCUCGUGUACGUGUUCGGGGGUAAGGUGGACAAUCGCGUGUUCGACAACAGCGCAUGGUAUCGAGACCCGACGAUUCCUAAGGCCAAGCUCACGUCUGUCCCCGAGUCGUACUCGCACACGACGACGUUCACGUUCGAGAGCGCCAAGGCUGGCACGAUCUUCCAGUAUCACGUGAUCGACAUGGUGGAGCAGCUCGUGGUGCGCAACUGGACAAAUUGCCUGCAUCAAGUGGACUUUGUCGACUGGCUCGACGGCGGGUUGCAUCGAUUCCGAUUGAGGGCGAUUGACCCCGCUGGCAACGUGGAAAGCACUUUCGACGACGGACGAAACGAAUAUGUGUGGGUAUAUGUCCCACGACCGCCGUGGAACUUGAUCAUUGCCAUGCUCGUGCUGUUCUUCGUGAUGUGCCUUGGCGUGUUCCUGGAGUGGCGACGGCGGCGGAAGCAGGCCGCCAUGGAGAGAUAUGCAAUGAAGCGCAUGCGUCGCAAGAUGCGCGGCAAGAAGAAAGGCAAUAAAGAUGCGGACUGGCGGGAAACCUACGAUGACGCCAAGGACGGCAAGAAGGCCAAGAAGAAAGGCAGCGGCAAGUCCAAGGUCAAGAAAGACAAAGGCGAAACGUCGAAGGGUCAAAAGAUCGCUCCUGCAAAAGAUCUCGACAAAAAAGACAAGCCGAAAAAAGACAAGAAUGACAAAAAAAUCUCGAAGAAAAAAGACAAGCACGAAAAAAAGACCGAAAAGAAGGACAAAAAGGACAAAAAAGAAGGCAAGAAGGACAAGGCAAAAGACACCAAGCCGAAAAAGGACAAGAAAAAAGACGACGUCAAGGCCGAAAAAAAGAAGGACAAAAACCCGUCAGAGGAAAAAAAAGCCAAAAAAAAGGAGAAAAAAAAGUAACGGGCGGUUGAAGUUGAAGCGAACGUACGGCCACGUCACUUCGAUGGAAUGUCAAUAAAAAAUAGUCACAGUCAUACUAACUUGAAGCCGAUAUAAAAUGAUUGAAUAAAAAUAGAUUGUGC